AGAGCUCUCUCGUCGACCGCAGGCUCCAGCUCAAAAAAGGACGUGACACCUAACGUUUUAUUUUUAAUUUUUUUAUUUAUUAGUCUCUCGUCGUGCCGUCGCCUCAAACAAGAUGUAACUUGUUGACAUCACCUCAAGCAUAUUCAUGUAUUUGAAAAGAGCCGGGAGUGAGUGCGCAGAGACGAGACGCCGAGCUGUUUUGGCGAAUGGAACUUAUUGUUGUGCAUUUGUUUUGACUAUGUUAUCCCCAAGUGAGUUUGGGUCCAGUCCGUCUCUGUCCGUCGUCGACCCUUGAAUUUUUUGUGGGAUUUAUAUCCGAAUAGUUUAAGGGGAAACACCGAAGGAGGAUUCUGCAAAGCCAGCAAGCUUUUCCUACAGAGCCGGGGAUUUAAAUCGUCGUUUGGUGGUGCUCCGGGAGAGGCGAGAGUCAAAGAAAGAAAUUCAUGUGGCCAUUCUCUCUAUAGCCAAACAUUUUAUUUUUGGGAUUGCAUAAUGAGCAAGGAAAGACCCAAGAGGAAUAUCAUUCAAAAGAAAUAUGAUGACAGUGAUGGGAUCCCGUGGUCAGAGGAGCGGGUUAUGCGAAAGGUGCUUUACCUCUCCCUAAAGGAGUUUAGGACUGCACAGAAACGGCAGCUGGAUGGUGACGGAACCCCAAACUCCAAUGGUUCUUUAUCCAAUGGGCAGCUGAAUGGCUCGGGGUCAAAGGGUAGCCACAAAGAAGAUGGAUCCUUGCGCUCUCAGGGCCAUGGGAGCCGCGAGUACUGCGAGGACGGCCCUGCAAAGAAGAGACCUCGACUCCAGGCCCAGAGGAAGUUUGCCCAGUCGCAGCCCAACUCGCCCAGCACUACACCUGUCAAGGUGGCCGACCCAGGCAGCCUGAGCACCGCCCUGGCCACGGUGCCCUCCACAUCCCUGUCAUCACUCUCCUCUUCAUCCCUCUCCUCUUCCAUUCAGGACCUGUCCAGACGCAAACCCAAGACGGAGGACUUCCUCACCUUCCUCUGCCUCAGAGGUUCAUCGGCCCUGCCCAGCAACAUGGCCUACUUCGGAAGCUCCCAGGAGGAGGAGGACCUGGAGGAGGAUGACGAGGAGGAGGAGGAGGAGGUGAAGAACGGAGGCGGGAUCCACUCUCACGGCGGGGGAAGCAACAGCCAAGCCUCAGCCUCCUCUUCCUGCCACUCGACACCCCGCAAGGGCAAGCUCCCCGCCAGGCAGCCGCUCAACGGGCAUGUUUUCAACAGCCACGGUAAAGCAGGGACCAGGGAGAGUCCGAGGCCCAAGGCGGGAACUCACGGCAGGGAAACGCCUGCCCCGCCACUGCCACCUCCGCCGCCUCCACCUCCGCCCCUCCUGAGGGAGCGCAGUGAGCGGGCGGAGGCACGGGAGCACAUGAGGGAGCAGCAGGCCCUGGCCAGCGGUCGAGGCUCAGCCAACGGGCUGCCGCCGAGGAGAGCUGCUGAGGAGCUGCGCAAACAGGUCUCUAAAGUGAAUGGGCUGACGCGGUCGGGCUCGGCACAAGCUGUCAGUGGUGCCAAAAAGAGCCGCGACUUCCGACUGCCGUCCAAAACUGUGAAGAAGUACACAGCCACCGUGUCCAAGGGCCACGUCACCUACACCAAAGCCAAACAGAAAGAACUGGGCAAGAAAACCAAACUCAGCAGCAGCAACAAACACAACAGCGCCGCCUCGGCACCAUCGUCAGCGAACAAUCACAAUCAGCACAGCCAGCCAGCAGCCAGCAAUGGGCUGGCCAACUCAGGAAAAGCAGCGGCACCAGCCCACCACAGCAAUGCAAAAACCCGCAAACAGGUGCUACUAUCCAAUGGGCUGCACAAUGUGGCUGCCGGCGCUCGCCUCAACGGCAGGCUAAAUGGGCAGCGGCACAACACCCUGGGCAAGGAGGACGGGCAGAGACAGUGCCAGCAGGGGGAGUGCUCAGGUCGAGAGGGACUGCGUAACUCCAAGCGGCGCCUGGAGGUGGUCCUCAAUUCUGUGGGGACGGGAAUUAUUGAACAGAAAGCCAAAAACAAUGGCACUGAGGCCAAGAAGGCCAAGCUUCAACCCGCACCUCUGGAGACGCGCAGCAGCAGCAAGAAGGCAGCCAAUCAAGAGAAAGCUGCCACACAAACCACCACCUCCACCACUCCAGUUUCUAAUGGACAUGAAUCAGCCGCACCCUCUUCUCCUAAACAAACGCCACCUGUUACCCCACUUCCACCUCCUACUCCCUCACCUAAACAAACCCCGCCUCCUUCUACACCAGCAGCCAAUGCAGAGCCGGUGAACCAGCGACCCAAGCGGGCAUCGGCCGGCAAGCUGAUGUUGAUUCGACAAGCACAGCAGCAGCAGAGCAGGUCUCACGGUCGGAGCUCCUCUUCUUCCUCCCCCUCAUCAGGCCAGAAUAACCCACAGAACCCCAGUCGUGCCAGCACUACCUCAGACCCCCAACAAACCUCUGUGUCCUCCUCCACCACCUCCUCCCCACUCACCUCCACCAACAACCCCGGACAGCUCAAACCAGCAGCUUGUCGGCCCGCCGACCGUGACAAAGAGUGGGAGCGUGAGAAAGAGAUGGCACGCCAGAAAGAACGGGAGGAGGAGAAGGAGUGGGAGCGCCAGCGGAGCAGGCCAGAGGGCUGGGCGGCACUGGGUGAAGCCCCUAUCUUCCGGCCAGCACCACGGGAGUUCCAGGACCCCCUGGUGUACUUGGAUGCAGUGAGGGAGCAGGCCGAGGCGGCUGGCAUGUGCCGUGUCGUGCCGCCUCCAGACUGGCGGCCAGAGUGCAAGCUGAGCGAGGAGAUGCGUUUUGUUACACAGGUGCAGAGGGUCCACAUGCUGGGUCGGCGCUGGGGCCCCAAUGUGCAGCGGUUGGCCUGCAUCCGCAAGCACCUCAAAUCUCAGGGCAUUACCAUGGAUGAGCCACCUGUCAUUGGUGGCUGUGAAGUGGACCUGUCACGUUUUUUCCAGCUCAUCAAUGACAUGGGCGGCAUGCAGCAGGUGAUGGACCUGAAGAAGUGGACCAAGCUGGCCGACCUUCUGCGCAUCCCUAAGUCAGCGCAGGACCGGCUGGCCAAGCUGCAGGAGGCGUACCUCCAAUACAUCCUCUCUUAUGACUCGCUCAGCGCUGAAGAGCGCCUGCGACUGCAGGCCGAGGUGCUGCAGGAGAAAAAGAACCUGGAGUCGCGCCGGGGCCCUCUGGAGGGUCUCUCGGACUCCUUAGCACCUAGUGCACUGGUGCUUCCACGCUACGAGCCCAAGAAUGGGCUAGUGGGUGGGAUAGUGGGAGGGGCGACAGGGAACCACCGUACCAACGGAGUGUAUCACCGUCUGAAGGAGCUGGAGGCUCAGGUCAAAGCGGGCCGGCGCCGGCUCUUCGCUCAGGAAAAACAAGGCAAAGAGGACAGGCAGCACGGGGAGGAGCAGCAGGAGGACGACGACAGGGGUGUUCUCAGUGACCAGCACAAAUGUAUUAACAAGGGGAAAUCGGUGUCUUUGACUAACUUCUUCAGGAUAGCGCGAAACACCAUGACCAUGUGCUUUAACAAGGAACCAGGAGCUGCUGAGGUUGAGGAAGAGUACUGGAGGAUUGUGGAGCAGAGAGACAGCCAUGUGGCGGUGCAUUGUGGGAAGGUGGACACCAGCACACAUGGCAGUGGAUUCCCCACAGGAAAGUCAGAGCCAUUUUCAAAACAUGGAUGGAACCUCACUGUCCUCCCCAAUAACUCUGGAUCCAUUCUGAGGCAUCUUGGUGCUGUGCCUGGGGUGACAAUUCCCUGGCUAAAUAUUGGCAUGGUCUUUUCUACCUCAUGCUGGUCUCGAGACCAAAAUCGCCUUCCAUAUAUUGAUUACUUACACACUGGUGCUGAUUGCAUUUGGUAUUCUAUCCCUGCUGAGGAGAAGGCUAAGCUGGACAAGGUGGUCCAUACACUGCUUCAGGCCAAUGGCACCCCAGGACUAGAAAUGCUGGAGAAGAACAUCAUGAUCUCUCCAGAGGUGCUGUGCCGCGAAGGCAUCAAGGUUUACCGCACGGUCCAGAGGAGUGGCCAGUAUGUGGUCUGCUACCCAGGUGCCUUUGUGGCUAAAGUGUGCUGUGGCUACAGCGUGUCAGAGACGGUGCACUUUGCCACACCGCACUGGAUGAACCUGGGUUACCAGGCUGCAAAGGACCUGAAAUGUCGUCGUAUAGCCAAACCCUUCUCCAUGGAGAAGCUACUGUACCAGAUCGCCACAGCCGAAUCCAAGAGGGACAAUGGCCUUCUCCUCACCACCAUCUCCACCCUACUCAAAGACCUCAGGAACAUAGAGAUGCGCCAACGGCAGGAACUUUACAAGGCAGGUUUGCUCUCCUCCGCCCGCUACGGCACCCAUGAUGGCAACCUGGGGACCGGUGAGGGUCGCAAGAAGCCCCGCGGGAAAUGGCUGGCGCUGGAGUCCUCGGAGAGACGCUGCCAGAUCUGUCAGCAUCUCUGCUACCUGUCAAUGGUUGUUCAGGAGACUGACAACGUUGUCUUCUGUCUGGAGUGUGCCCUGCGCUAUGUGGAGAAGCACAAGUCCUGCAGAGGCCUUAAGAUGAUGUACCGAUACGAUGAGGAGCAAAUCAACAGUUUGGUGAACCAGGUGUGUGGCCGGGCCAUGUUAAAGAACGGAGGCGGGGGUGGAGUCGUUGUCAGUGCAGUAGGGGGAGACUCCUGCCACAGCAUAAGCCCCGCUAAAGCAUCCCCAGCCAAGCGAGGCCCCCGAAAGCGUGCCACCGUGGAGGUGUCCCUGGCACGCCUGUCCUCCAGCCACAUACCCAAGGCUGCUGCUGUGUCCUGAGGGGGACGCCGUGACACAUCACCACCCGAUGCGCUGUGCCCGCGCAACGGCCCAACCCCCCCAAACUCCCCUGUUUGUUUUCUUUCUUAAACAUUAAGCAGGAUCACUAUCAAUCCCUCCUCCACCACCCAAUAUUUAAGAUUGUUUUUGAGCUUUGAAAAUCCCCUCACCUGGCAACAGUCCCCCCUCCAAAAGAUAUUCACCUCCCCCCUUAGUAUGACAGGCUUGUUUUAUAAAUAAAAAAGAAAAGGAAAAAAAGAAAAGCAAGAUGUCUUUUUUGCACUAGUGUGAAAGAAGAAUUUCUUUUUAUUCUGGAUGAUUUUAGAAUCCCCCCCGUCCCUCCUUAAGUCGUCCUUUACAACAUUACAAGCAUUAAGUGUAACGUUCACAAGAAGACUUGAUGGCCCUGUAAUACCCUUUACCUCCAGUCUCCCUUCACUGAGAUGGGUUACAUUUGUUACCUUCUUCUUGCAUCACGUUUUCCUGCCCUCGUCUCACCCCCUGAGACUGAACCCCAUCCCUUCUCAUCAUGCGUCACUCAACUGUGAACAUGGGACAAAUGAAAAGGCGGCCUUUUUUUUUUCCUCCCGAGUUUUCUGAAAUGAAAAUGACAUCAAGUAGUUACCCAA